CGCGUCUGGCGGGAAUCUGGCUGCACGUAGAGUGUCAACAAACUCGGAUAUAAACAUAUUUAAACAUAACGACUUUAGUCUGAUUUGAUUAAUUAUAAAUACAUUUAUUAUCAGUUAUCUUCUUCUUUACAUCUCGUCAGCUUCAGAAGGAGACAUGCAGGCGUUUUUAAAAGGAUCUUCAUCACAGAGUGUUAAAGUGCAGAAACCCUCAUCUGGAGAGAAGAAGCAGAAAGCUGUGCCAUGGGUGGAGAAAUAUAGACCAAAGUGUGUGGAUGAAGUAGCCUUUCAAGAGGAGGUGGUUGCAGUACUGAAGAAGUCUCUAGAGGGCGCUGAUCUUCCCAACCUGCUAUUUUAUGGGCCUCCUGGAACAGGAAAGACUUCCACCAUCCUCGCAGCUUCCAGAGAGCUUUAUGGACCUGAGCUGUACCGGCAGAGAGUUCUGGAGCUGAACGCGUCUGACGAACGCGGCAUUCAGGUGAUCCGUGAGAAGGUGAAGCGGUUCGCUCAGCUCACGGUGGCCGGUUCACGAUCAGACGGGAAGUCUUGCCCUCCGUUUAAGAUAAUAAUCCUGGACGAGGCGGAUUCGAUGACGGGCGCUGCUCAGGCGGCUCUCAGGCGCACCAUGGAGAAAGAGUCUCGAACCACACGCUUCUGUCUCAUCUGUAACUAUGUCAGCAGGAUCAUUGAGCCGCUGACGUCCAGAUGCUCAAAGUUUCGUUUCAAACCUCUGGCCAACGACAUUCAACGGCAGCGUCUGCUGGAGAUCUGUGACAAAGAGCAUCUGAAAUACAGUGAAGAGGGAAUUGAAGCUUUGGUGAAAGUGUCGGAGGGAGAUCUGAGGAAAGCCAUAACAUAUCUGCAGUGUGCCGCCAGACUGAACGCUGAGAGAGAAAUCACCGAACAAAUCAUCAUCGAGAUCGCAGGGGUGGUUCCACCCAAAGUGAUCGACAGUCUGCUGCAGAUCUGUUACAGAGGCACUUUUGAGAAACUUGAGGUUGCUGUGAAGGACAUGAUCGAUCAGGGGUACGCCGCAACAAAUAUUCUCAACCAGUUACACGACGUCAUUAUUGAGGAGAAGCUGAAUGAUAAACAGAAGUCUGUCAUCACAGAGAAAAUGGCGGAGGUGGAUAAGUGUCUGGCAGACGGGGCAGACGAGUAUCUGCAGUUACUGAGUCUCUGUGCUGUCAUCAUGCAGCAGGCCACACAAAACACCUGACCAAUCAGCAUCUCCGAUUCAUUCUACAGAACACCUCGACUGACCAAUCAGCAUUGGCACUCUUUAUUUACCAAAUAACUGCCCAGACUGUAGUUUCACCUUUGUGUACUUUUCCAUUAAAAAACAUUGUU